CGGAUAUGAAGACACUGGACAAUAAGAUAGCGAUGUUAGAGGAGAUGAUAGGGGACCCUGACAAGCUGAACAAGGCUGUGUAUGACGUCAUAACGGGGUCUGACAUGAAUAAUGAUGAGUGCCUCAGUAAGGCUGAGUUCCAGAAAGUUCUACAAGAUUUUGGUAUCGGUGAUUUUGACGCAAUAGAGGAUCUGUUCGAGUCACUUGACCGAGAUGGAAAUGGUUCAAUCAACUUCAAGGAAUUUAGACAUUUCUUCAGGGCGCAAACGAGAAUCAAGCUGCAGCAUAUGAAGGAGCUCAAAGCGAUGAAGGACCGGACAAAAGUUAAGAAUCAAAUUCCGGUGGAGGACUCGAGCAGCAGUAGUUCAGAUGAUGAAAAGAAGAAACCAAAGUUCAGCUUCAAAAAGUGGAAAUCUACUAGGAAUUAACAGGGACUUUAUCUUUUUUCUUGUUAAAUUUUCAGGACUAUAAUACUUGACAGUUUAUUAAUAUUUCUUAACAAGAAGGUAUAUUAUAUGCA